AACUUAGUCACUCUUUCACUCUUCAGCUGCCUGCUCUUUCUGCUUUGUAGGACCCACUAGCUGUGUCUGUCCCAUAGGAUCCCUCAUACCGGGGUUAUUUACUUUGCGACUGAACCAGAACUCGGAUUUUCAAAGAGUGCUGGUUGAAGACUAAUGUUUCACUUGUCCUGCGUGUAUCACUCCUGAAGCAUCAAGGCACCUCCAGAUAGUGUAACAGCAUGGCUAUCUCUUCACGUCUAGCACUAUGGGAACAGAAGGAAAGUGAAGAAGACAAGGGGCCAACAGUUUCCUCUCCUCCCCCGUUGUUUUCUGUAAUACCUGGUGGCUUCAUCAAACAGCUAGUUAGAGAAACUGAAAAAGAAGCAAAGCAGAAAGAGAAAGAAUCGAAGGAUAAGCAACCAGUAAAACAAGAGCCUGCACCAGAGGUAUUAAAGUCUCCUAGUAAACUAAGCAACAAUCUUGUUGAUCAGUUUGUCUUCAAAGAUGAGAACAUUCUUUCAAUAGAAGAAGAAAUGGCAAAUAAAAACAAUCUCUUGAUGAAUGGACUCAAUGGGGACAAGCACCCAGCAAAAUUACCGGAAAGACCAGCCAAAAAGACAAUACAUUUGAAGGCUGUUAGAAGUCCUUCAAAAAGACAGACCCAAUCUGAACCUAAAACAACCACAAAAACGGAAGAUACUGUCAACCAGUCAGAAGUCUUAACAGGUUGCAAAUCUCCUGUUCCGGCAGAAGAAGCAGGACCUUCACAGGCAGCAGAAGAGAAGGUUUCCCAGAAACGUACAAAUACUAAUGUCCAAGAAAGUAAGAUAGAAGUUGUUGAACAAAAAAGCGUUGCUUUGAAACAUGAGAAACUUGAAGGAAGUAAAAAGGAAGCGGUAGCUGACCGAGAAAAUGUAAAGAAACCUGAAGGAAGUAAAAAGGAAGAGGUAGUUGACCAAGAAAUUGUAAAGACACCUAAAGGAAGUAAUGAGCAAGAGGUAGUUGACCAUGAAAAUGAAAAAAGACUUGUAGAAAGCAAAACAGAAGAGUUAGUUGACCAUGAAAACGUAAAGAAACUCGAAGGAACUAAAAGGGAAGAGGUAGUUGACCCUGAAAAUGUAAAGAAACUAGAAGGAACUGAAAAGGAAGCCGUAGUUGGUCAGGAAAGAUCAGAAGAACAUGAAAGUACAAGUACAGUAAAGGUGCCUGAAGAUGUGUGGUACGAGAGUGAACAAGUUUGGUUCGUUCAUAAAGAUGGCUUCACGCUGGCUACAGAGCUGAAGCCAGAUGUUGGGACACCAGAGUUAGCGGAAGGCAUUGUGAGGAUUCGUAUACAGGAUGAAAAUAAGACUCUAGAAGUGGAAGAAGAAAAUAUUCACAGAACCAAUCCUUCCAAGUUUGAUUAUGCAGAAGACCUGACAACGCUUAUCAGUUUAAACGAGUCCAGCAUUAUCAAUACUCUGUGGCAUCGCUACCAAUCCCAGCUCAUUCACACCAACGCCGGACCUAACCUGAUAGUGUUUAAGCCGAACGUUCCUGUCUCCAACUUCUCCGCAAAGGUGUUCAAGGGAAAGAAAGACAGCAUGCCACCUCACAUCUGCGCAGUGGCACAAAAGGCCUACUGGAACAUGCUGACACAGCGUCAGGACCAGGCCAUUUUACCCAUGGGGAGAAGCAGUUCUGGAAAAUCAAGUUGUUGCCAGGAUGCACUGGAAUACCUUGCAGAAGCUGCUGGAAGUGUGGACAACCUAGUAACAGUUGAAAAGAUUCAAGCGAUGUUCACAAUUCUGAAAUCCUUUGGUUGUGUUUCUACGAAUGAAUGUAGUAAUUCCACUCGCUUCUCCAUGAUCAUGUCCCUGGAUUUCAAUGCUGCUGGCCGUAUAACAGCAGGACACCUACAGACUAUGCUUUUGGAAAGGAUGCGUGUCGCACAACAACCUGAUGGAGAAAGUAAUUUCAAUGUGUUUGCUCAGUUGUUGGCUGGAGCAGAUUUGGAUUGCAGGUCGGAGCUGCACCUGCACCAGAUGGCAGAGAACCACUCCUUUGGAAUGAUGCCAUGCGUGAAGCCUGAAGAGAAGCAGAAGGCAUCUGCGGCAUUUGUUCAACUCCAAUCUGCCAUGGAGGCUUUGGGAUUCACAGUGAAUGAGCAGAAGGCCAUUUGGCAUGUGUUAGCCGGUAUCUAUCACCUUGGAGCAGCAGGUGCAUGCAGAGUGGGCAGGAAGCAGUUCAUGAGGUUUGAGUGGGCAAACAAUGCAGCCAAUGUGUUGGGAUGCGAUUGUGAAGAGCUUUCCACAGCCGUCUUCAAACACCACCUGAAGCAGAUAAUUGAACAAGUAACCUCAGGAACAAGGGGUGGGAGCCAAGACGAUGACACAAAGACAGGACCGAAAAUGACUGGUAUAGAAUGUGUAGAAGGGAUGGCAGCUGGUCUUUACGAAGAACUUUUCGCAGCCAUUGUCUCUCUUAUAAACAGGUCUUUGUCAUCCACCCUCUUGACCCUUGCUUCCAUUAUGGUGGUUGAUAAUCCUGGAUUCCAAAAUCCACGCCAUCAGAAGAAGGAGAGGGCAGCCACCUUUGAAGAGCUUUGUCAUAACUAUGUACAAGAGCGUUUGCAGGGUCUAUAUAACAAGAGGACUUUUACUGCCACAAUAGAGAGGUUCAGAGAGGAGAAUAUUGAGGUGCCUUUUGAACUGCCAGAUGACUCCCCAUUUACCACAACCUCUAUCAUUGACCAGACUUCAUUACAGUUAAACAUUCAAGCCAGCAAUCAAAUGGAAGAGAAGAAGGGUCUCUUUUCGAUUCUUGAUGAAGAUGUCCUGAUCCAAGGUUCCAGUGAUAACACGGUUCUCCAACGCUUAUGCUCUUAUUAUGAAAGCAAAGGUGAUGACAAGCAAGUUAAUGGACCCCUCCGUAAAUGUGAACAAGCACUUCAGUUUGAAAUCCACCAUCAGCUGGGUAAGGACCCGGUUCGAUAUGAUGUUACAAAUUGGAUCAAUAAAGCCAAACUAAACCUGUCUGCCGAAAAUGCCAUUGAGGUACUCCAGCUGUCGAAAAUGGACUAUGUGAAGGACUUGUUUUUACCCCGAGCAAAGUUUCCGCUGAUAUGUCGCUCUGUGGCUGGCAUGGAGGGAAAGUCACAGCAAUCCUUGCAGAGAAUUGGUUGUGUGAGAAAAACCUUUGCCAGCAGCUUUGCAGCUGUAAGGAGGAGGUCAGUGUGCGCCCAAAUCAAGCUUCAGAUGGAUGCUUUGAUGAAUUUGCUUAAACGGUCCCAGGUACAUUUUGUACACUGUCUGGUCCCAAGACCGGGGUUGGAUGGUGCAGAAUGUAAAGUCAUGCCACUGAGCAAAGGAGCAGCAGGAGACCCAAUUAAUGUUGCUAUUGAUGUCCCCAAUGUAAGGAAUCAGCUUGCGGGAGCCCAGCUAUUAGAUGCUAUACGUCUCUGCAGGAUAGGUUAUGCUGACAGGAUUGGCCUAACUGAAUUCCGACUUCGCUUUCAAGUACUGGCAUUACCGGUCAUGAAGAAAUAUAUUUCCACCUACGAGUCUGUGGAUGAGAGAAAGGCUGUCGAAGAACUUCUUCAAAUGCUUGACUUGGAAAAGAAGAGUGUUGUGAUGGGUCGAACACAGAUUUUUAUGAAGUCCGGUGUGCUGUCUAGACUGGAGAAACAGCGCGAGAAGCUGUUUUCCCAAAACAUGAUCCUGUUUCAGGCAGCCUGCAGGGGUUUCCUCUGUCGGCAAAAGUUCAAGAAACUAAAGAUUCAAAUGGUUGCUCUAAAAUGCAUCCAGAAGAAUAUGAGGAAGUUCUACUGCAUUAGAGAUUGGCUGUGGUGGAAGCUUAUGUGCCAUGUUCGCCCUAUGCUAACCGUUAACGUGGAUGAAGAGAAGUUCCGGGUCAAGGAGGAUGAAAUUAUUGCGCUAACUACGAAGUUUAGGAAAUCUGAAAAAUCGAGAAAUGAGUUACGACAGAAUGUUGAUCUGCUGGAAAGCAAGAUUACCGAUUUAACCACUGAACUGUCCGACGAACGGUUUAAAGGGGAAGUGGCGUGCCAAGUUUUAGAAGCAGAACGAGCUGAAAGGCUUAAACUAUCACGAGAGAUUAAGGAGAUGCAGGGCAAGUAUGAGCUCAUUCAGAACAACCUGGAGACUGUUUCAAAGCAGCUAGAAGAAGCCCAGCAGCAAAUCCAGCUCCGAGAACUAAACACGGGCAUUUCGGGAGGAGCAGAUGAGUGGCAGAUACGUUUCGACUGCGCCCAAACAGAAAUCGAUUUUUUGAGAAAAAGACUGACACAAUUUGAAGAAAGACUGGAGUCUGAGAAAACCUACAGAAAGGAACUGGAGGAGAAGAUCAGUGAUUUGCAAGGUGCGUAUGAAAAUGCCAGGCGGACUGCUCAACAGGCAACGAGAAAGUGCAAACAUGUGACCUCUGACCUGGAGGACACCAGGGUACUAAUGGAAAACCAGCAGAUCCGAAACCACGAACUGGAGAAAAGACAGAGGAAGUUCGAUAUGCAGUUAGCUCAGGCGAUCGGAGAAGCAGCUUUUGAGAAGAGCUUGCGUGAGAAGGUGACACAGGAAAAUACAUCCUGCCUCUGGGAAUUAGGUAAACUCCGGCAAAAUUUACAGCAAAAAGAGCUGGAAACAAGCAAUUUGACAAAGCAGUUGGAGGCGCUAAGAAAGCAAAUUCAAGACCUUUCCUGUUCUGGAGGGGUGGAUAGCAAUUCCGUGUCUUGCCUGAAGAAGAAAGUAUGGGACCUAGAAUCCAGCGUAGCCGAACAAAAUCAACAAUUGGCUGAGCAGGAAAACGCUAUACAGAAACUUGAGCAGAUGCGCCUUAGAUUCGAGAUGGAAAUUGAGCGAAUGAAGCAGAUGCAUCUAAAAGAACUUGAAGAUAAAGAAGAGGAAUUAGAGGAUAUUCGUCAAUCAUGUCAAAGACGGCUCCGACAGUUUGAGAUGCAAUUGGAACAGGAAUAUGAAGAGAAACAGAUGGUACUUCAUGAAAAACAAGAUUUGGAAGGACUUAUCGGAACCCUGUGUGAGCAGAUUGGACAUAGAGACUUUGAUGUUGAGAAACGACUUCGCAGGGACCUUAAGAGGACACAUGCCUUGCUUGCUGAUCUGCAGCUUCUGGUGGCCUCCAUGGGAGAUUCCGGACCACCAGUGGACCGAGGGGAACUAGAGAGAGUUCAUAUCCAGCUGGAAGAGAGCGAGGCCAGGUUUGCAGAGGCAGACAAGUCUCACAAAUCCCUGCACUUAGAGUUGGAAAGCCUGCGCAUGGAACUUGACAACAUAUCCAGGAACAAGGCCAUGGCGGAUGAACAAUUGUUCCAGCUGCAGCAUGAGAAAACUGAUCUUCUAAAACGGAUCGAUGAGGAUCAGGAGGACCUGAAUGAGCUGAUGAAGAAACACAAAGCUCUCAUUGCCCAGUCGGCAACCGAUAUCACCCAUAUAAGGGAACUGCAGACUAAACUAGAAGAAACUGAGAAAGACAAACACAACCUGCAGGAGAAGCUGCAGGUGGCCCAGAGUCGAAUUGACUAUCUGGAACAUUCUAUGGUGGAACGUUCAAUUGUCAGCCGUCAAGAAGCAGUGAUUUGUGAUUUGGAAAACAAGAUGGAGUUUCAAAGGGCUCAGAUCAAAAGGUUUGAGGUGCUGAUUUUACGCUUGAGGGACAGCGUGAUAAAAAUGGGAGAGGAGCUGGAGAAGGCAGCAGAUUCCGAGGCUCGAGAGAAGGAAAAUGCCAAGUAUUAUCAGCUGCGCAUGGAAGAGAUGAAGGCGGAAAUGAACGAACUGUUGCAGAGGGAGAUGGAAGCAUGUCGUAGACGCAUGGAGUUGGAAACACAAGUGUAUGAACUGUCGGGGAUGAGACAAGCAUUACAAGCUGACCUAGAGACAGCUAUUAGACGGAUUGCAGAUCUACAGGCUGCAUUAGAGGAAGUUGACUCCAGUGAUGGCAGCGAUACUGAAAGAGAUGACCAGUCAUGUUUGGGGUCUGUGAUGGGCUCAGAAAAGACAGAGAGUGUCCGAUCCUGGCUUGGAUCCUCAUCCAGCUGGACGUUACCUUCUGGGAGCAGUGUGGAUGGACGACUGUCAAGGCAAUCAACAUCUGAUAAUAUAAGUGUUCAAAGUUUAAGGAUCAAGGACCCACAAGAUCAGGAUGUUAGCAGGCCAAGUUCGGCAUUAAGCGCCAAAGGGAAGAUAUAUGGAAAUAAUAUAGGCAACUCAGAAAAUGAGAACACAACAAACCAAUCUGAGCUGGGAGCUAAGAUGGGAAAUGUAACACCAACACUAGGAAGGAGACACAUACCACCAGCAGAUGAUAAGUUGCCUCGUUCUUCAUCAGCACUCUCUGAGUUUCUAGAUGAGUUGAGAAAGAAAAGGGCCUCUGAAAAGGAUCAGGCAUCUCUAGUAUUAGAAGAAGCAUCUUCAUUACCAAUUUACCGAACUACUGGUGCUUCCUCCCUUAGACGCUGCACCAGUCUGAAGGAUGACAAAGAAGAUGAUUUAUCUCUUACACUUGAUAAACUCUCAGGUGAUAGGCCAUCUACAAGCCAAGGAUUAAUGCGUUCAUCAAGUCUACGAUGUCUGCCAUCUGAAAAAAAUGACCCAUCACUGUCUCCCACUGUUAAACGAAUUGCAAAGUUUGGAUCCUGUGAAUCUCUCAACCAACCACAAAAUGUUGUAGGCAUCAAGAACACCUCCAGUACAUUUGUCCAAGAUGCUGUCCCUUCUGUUAGACUAAAGCCGUGGAGAUCUUGUCUUGAAACACCAGUGGAAGAAGCUGCAGAAAACGUAUUAGGGAACCAACCUCUUGUAUUCCAAAACAAACGCUAUUCCAGCUUGGCUGAGGGUCUGAAUGAGGACAGUCCAUCAACCUGGAAAGUGUCAAGUCUGAGUUAUGAGAGAAAGUUUCCAGAUGAUGCAGACCACAUUCUCCCUGCUCUUCGAAAGGCUCACUCAACUCAAAAUAUAUCCAAAUUUUCCAAGGAUAGGCGAGAGGCCCAGCGACCAUUGAGUGUCCAUUUUGGAGAUCUACCUAGAAAUGAACCAAGCACUUCAUCAGGGGUUUUAAAAAGUGCUCUUAAGAAAAUCCCAAGCAUUGGGGAAGAUUUAGGUAAUCUGUCUGAUUCAUCUUCAUCUUCUGGUUCGGUCAUUUCAUGCAAAAGUGUUGACAGCAUCAAAAGCAGACCUCCGGUCCAAAGACUGGAGGGAGAAGGCUAUUCUGGAAAACCGAUAACAUCUGAAAUUACACAAGAAAAUAAGAGGCCUGAAGCAGAAGGCAAAGAGGAUGAUGUAAAUAGCAUAAUGAGGAAAUAUCUUCGAAAAUCUGAUGAAGAACAAGGUAUCCCGAAAUGAGAGUCCCUGGGUCAGCGUUCUGCAUCGUAUCUCAGCGCACGAGAAUGUAAAGAUGAAUAUAUGACGAAGAAAAGAUGUUGGUUUCUUUCAAUUAUUGUGUUUCUUAAAAAUAAAAUAGUAGUUUUCUCACCUUUA